GGAAGAAAAUCAAGUUAUUGCUCAGAGAGUGGUACAGGUUGGUUCUUUUUGUAAUUUAACACUCCAUGUUCACGUCGAUCAGGCAAGAAUCAAUCUCUAUAUAAGACAUUCGAAGGCCGCCAAACCGAGCACACAGAAAUGUCGAGAGUAGAGCAAAAGCAGAAGUCUGCAAAGCACCAAAAGUUUCGCGGAGUGAGGAAACGCCAGUGGGGCAAAUGGGUUUCAGAAAUUCGAGAGCCGAGAAAGAAAACAAGGAUUUGGUUAGGUUCUUUUGAAACUCCAGAGAUGGCCGCUCGUGCAUACGAUUGUGCUUGUUAUAGUCUCAAAGGAAGCAAAGCUUUACUGAAUUUUCCCGAUGAAGUCCAUCAACUCCCCACUCCUCACACAUGCACCGCCAAGGAUAUUCGCGAAGCGGCAGCAGCAGCAGCAGCAGCAGCAGCAGCUUCAGCUUGUUAUACUGAAGCUAAUGGUGUAGCCUCAGAGAAGAAUAAUAAGGGGAAGAAGGUAUCAGAAGAAGAGGAGGGUGAUGGUGAUGGUGAUGAUGAUGAUGAUUUUUGGAGUGAAAUUGAACUGCCGGAGUUGAUUAAUUUUACCAAUCGGACGUGUUAUGAAGAUUUCAUGUGGGUUGAUUCUGUAACUCAGCAACAGGUAAUGGGGCUUAAGGCGAUACUCGAUCGAAGCUGAUUAAUUAGGCUUCCCCACCAUCAAAAUUUGUGGAAUAAAUAACAAGGUUUAUGGCAGCUUUUGAAGCUUUUAAUCCUAAUUCUGUAAACGCUAUAUUAAUUAA